AUGCCGGCGCGGGCGAUCUUUGGUCCGCGUCGCGUUGCAACGACGCCAGCUACUUUGACGAGUCACUUGUAUGGUGACUCUGAGCUAGAGCAAGAGCAGCUCAUUAACCCAUAUGAAAGUCAAGCGGCCGCUUAUGACGUGACGCAGAAUAUUGUCGAGAACUAUGAAUAUUCGUCAGAGGAAACUUAUAAGCACUAUCAUGAUACAGGCGCCGGCGAAGAUCAACAACACGUAUACACUAGUGAUGUAUAUCAAUACCCUGAUGAGUCGUACUACGACAAUAGAUUGACUAUGUCUGGUGAUAACAAUGAGUUUUACGACUCAACCACUGGCGACGCGUAUACGAUGCAGUCCAUUCAACCAGCAGCCAAUACUUCAGAUUUUCAGCACUCUAAUGUCGGAUGGUCAGAGAGUGAAAUGCCGUAUCUGGAGCCGAUGGAUGCCGUGUCCAAAGAAGCCAUCAGCUCUACACAUUCGGAUGAUGAAGCAAACCAAACGGUUCUGGGAUUGCUUUCUUCCGCUUAUGGCCCGAGUUCUACUGCUCUAAUACAGCCUGCGUCAUCAAAUUCAGAAGAAUACUAUGAUGAUGGAGAAAAAACGUACUAUGGUCAUAUUCCUCAACGUCGGCCUCGUCGUUACAAUACCAUUAAACGUGUGCCCCUCGAUCAUGGUCACCUCGUGCUAGACUGUCCUAUCCCCCCUAAACUACAUUCUAUGCUUCCUAUUCGUGAAGGGCGCGAAUUCUCACACAUGCGAUACACGGCACUUACAUGUGAUCCUGAUCGCUUUGUAUCAGAGAACUACUCGUUGCGACAGAUCUUGUAUGAUCCCCCACGCCCUACUGAGAUUUGCAUAAUCCUCACUCUUUAUAAUGAAGAUGACAAGCUUUUUACGCGAACGAUGCACGGUGUCAUGACAAAUAUUGCUUAUCUUUGCUCGUUAAAAAAACAUGCUACAUGGGGCCCGGACAGCUGGAAAAAGGUAUCCGUGGUGAUUAUCGCUGAUGGCCGCAUGAAGAUACACAGCCGUGUACUAAGCGUUUUGGCGGCUAUGGGCAUUUACCAGGAAGGUGUGGGGAAGAACACUGUUCAGGAUGUGCCAGUUGUGGCCCACAUGUACGAAUACACAACCCAGAUCUCAGUCGAUCCUUCAUUAAAGUUCCGCAGUGCUGAGCGAGGAAUUGUACCGGUCCAGAUUCUCUUGUGCAUCAAGGAGCACAAUCAAAAGAAAAUCAAUUCCCAUCGCUGGGCUUUCAAUGCUUUCAGUGCCAUGCUACAGCCCCGCGUCUGCAUCCUCAUUGAUGUGGGUACUAUGCCGAAAGCUCGGAGUAUCUACCGUCUCUGGGAAGCAUUCGACCAAGAUGAAAAUGUAGGCGGUGCGUGCGGAGAGAUCGUGGCUUUGAAAGGGAAAAUGGGACACGCUCUUGCUAACCCUUUGGUUGCUGCGCAAAACUUUGAGUAUAAAUUGAGCAAUGUAUUGGACAAGCCCAUGGAAAGUGCGUUUGGUUAUAUCAGCGUGCUCCCUGGAGCGUUUAGUGCGUAUCGAUACGAAGCCCUGCAAAACGAUGCGAUGGGACACGGACCCCUGUCUACCUAUUUUAAAGGAGAAAAAUUAUAUGGUGGUCAUUCAGAUGCGGACAUUUUCACCAAAAACAUGUACCUUGCAGAAGACCGAGUACUAUGCUGGGAACUUGUCACCAAACGCAAUGCUUCCUGGGUUUUGCGGUACGAGUAUGCCUUUUCCAACAUACAUGACGUGUCCUGGGGUACAAAAGGAUCAAUUAACACCAAGUCAGACUUGGGUCAAGCUGUCGAUGCUUCGGGCAACGCCGUAAACGUCACACUGCCGAAUGAGACUCAGGAUAUUGAUGCAGCAUACGAAGAUGCAUGCCAUGUGCUAGCUGUCAACCCAGAGCCAACUCCUGCGACGCGCGACCUAGACCUUGAACAGAAAGAUUACUAUGCGGCUGUGCGCACCAAUGUCCUGCUGGCAUGGACCUUGACAAAUGCGGCACUGGUGGCAGGUCUCGCGUUGUUUCGCUUCAUUGGCGCCAUCUUUUACCUUUCGGGAACACCAGGUUAUGGUGUCUACCCACAGCCUCAGAUGACGGGACAAAUGCCUAUGAAUAUGCAAAGUACAGGAAUGCCUGGUGCAUCGUUUAUUGCGCGUCCCCAGGCACCGCCGCCGCCGCCUCCCAACAUGAUGUCACAGAUGACCGGGUCUAUGAUGGGACAACCAAUGGGUGCCCCGCCUAUGAUGCAACAUCAGGCAGCUGGGAUAUCACCGAUGAUGCCACAGACCACGAGUAUGUCAUCUAUGAUGCAGCAGCGUCCAACAGGCAUGACCCCGAUGAUGGGCCAGCCAACGGGAAUGCCUCCGAUGAUGGGCCAGCCAACAGGAAUGACCCCAAUGAUGAGCCAGCCAACAGGCAUAUCACCCAUGAUGAGCCAGUCAACUGGUAUUCCCAUGGCUGCACAAAUGACCGGAGCUUUCUCAGAUCCCCGAAUGCGUUUAAUGUAUACGCAGUUCUUGCCUGCUGCGCAACCUUACUCUGGGGUACCCGUACCCUCGAACAUGAACUUCCAUCAAGCCAGUUUGCAGCCUGAUCAGUUUCAGAACAAACUUCAGACUAUAUCUACGCAGCAGCCCAAUAAGGCCAAGACUGGGAUACCUUGGACAAUGAGCAAGGAUGAGCGCAAGAGUUAUGACAAUAUUUUUCGUGCCUGGGAUGCAAAGAAGACGGGAUGGAUUAAUGGGGAUGUGGCUCGUGAACUUUUUGGCCAAAGUGGGCUUUCUCGCGAGCAAUUACUUCAGAUCUGGCAUCUUGCAGAUGCUGAGAAUCGCGGUAAAUUAAACAUCGCUGAGUUCCAUAUUGCCAUGGCUCUUAUUUAUCGUGCACUCAAUGGCAAUGAAAUUCCACAAGAGCUUCCAGCGGAACUCGUUCCGUCAUCAUCUCGUGACUUGAGCGAAAGUGUCGAUUUUUUGAAGGAUCUACUCAAACAAGAUACAAAUGUUCGCAACGCUACAGCUCUCAAUUUGACUGAACCAGGAUCAAACAAGGAUGCCAAAUACACUGAAACGCGCUCGUUUUACAAAAAUCCUGUGGAACGAGAUGCGGGUCGUACAAGUGAUGCUGUUGCAUACAAGCAUAGGGAGUCUGAUUCAGCUGGUUACCGAAGCCGGAGUCGCUACCUCGAUCGCCGAGAAGUCCAGUUCAAUGGUCAGAGUGCCGCUGAGGAUCUUGGUGAGAUGAAAAGGCAGCUGGAAAAGACACAGCGCAUGUUGGAACGUACAGAUUUGAACGAAGAAGAAGAUCAUGAUCUGCAAAAUGAAAUGGAAGAUGUUCGAUACGCUAUUCGCCGCCUCCAGGAUGAUAUUGAGUAUUAUAACCGUCGCGAGGGACCCCACGCUGGAGAGCAACGUCGGAAGGCAGAACGCACGCUCAUGCAACUUCUCCAUGAGCGUUUGCCUCAAUUGGAACGACGUCUGGACAAACGUCAUACGAUGGAUAGCAAGAAAGAGCUUGAAGCAAGCCGACUCCGUGAUGCUCGAAACAAUGACAAAUAUUCGCAUCUGGAAAUGUCUUCAUCACCUGUGCCUCCUUCCUCAACUGCUGAGCAGCCAAGAUCGGAGCCAUCUGACACCGUGAAACCUGUGUCGCCGGUACCGCCUUCUACACCAAUGCCUGCGCCAUCAGCACCCAAACUCUCAGGCACGGAGCGCGAGGCUUGGAUUCGUUCAGAGGCACAGCGACGUGUUCAGGAACGUAUGCGCAUGCUAGGAGUGGCGGGUACAGUGGACAAAUCCCCCUCUGUUGACGCCUCAGUGGAGCAGAGGCUUGCUUCUGAAAAGAGCGAGGCAGAAGCUCGAACGGCACAGGCUGAGCAAGAGGCGAAGGCUCGUGAGGAGGCACGCAAAGCCCGUCUGCGUGAACAUAAACAGCCACCACCACCGCCUACUCGAGCAAGGCUGCCUGAUCCAGCAAAAGACCAUAAAAAGGAGCAGCCUCUGUCGUCCCAUGACUCUGCGCCCGUUCCUCAAGAAACCACUAUGCCAUCUGAAAAGGGACAGUCUGUAUCUUAUCUUCCCAAGCAUGAUUCAAUUCAGGUGCCAGAACGUAAGGCAACACUAGAAUCUGUACCUGACCCUCCGCCGUUAACUCCAUCCAAUCCCCUGUCUGAACCUGAACCUGAGCCAAACUCAAUGCCAACACCCUCUGCUCGCGCAAAGCCUUCAACUAACCCAUUUUUCCGCCAAGCACCUGAGGUUUUACCAUCAGAUCUCAAGACAGAUCCGCCCCCAUUGACUGCCGCUUUUCAUCCUCCCCGUGAACCAGAACCUAAAUCUAUGGCCGAAGAAGAGCCUAUGUCCAGUCAUGCCCCUGUUCAAACCCCUCAACCGCCACAACCCCACAGACCUACGCCACCAGCGACUGCCCCUACUCGUUCUGUACACUUGCCACCGUCACAUGACGAUGAUUGGGAUGAAGAAGAGGAUGAGGAUGAAGAUGAAAACCCUUUAAGCUCCCGUACUACGCGCCAACAUUUGGCACAACAACUUUUCAGUGGUGUGGUGCCAACGACGCAACCGGCAACGUCUGUGCCUCCGCCGCCACCCAUACCUCCUGCUCCAUCCUCUGCUCCAAUUGAGCCAGAGGUGAAGAAAGGCGCUCAGGCACCUUCGGCUGAGGCGGUGACAUCAUCGAACGGAUUACCCGCGCCUCUAGGUGGAAAUGGUGGUGAUCGCAAUGCGCUUCUAUCGCAAAUCCGGGGAGGCACAACCCUCAAGAAGACAACUACCAGGGAUAGGUCAGGUGCAUUAACAGCAGGCUCAGUUUUGGGCUCAUCAUCACCACCUGCAGGAAUUUCAACAUCCUCUGUGCCAGUUGUGGACAGUAGCGACGACGAACCUGAAAGUGCCGAGCCUAUGAGUGUCUAUGGUAAAUCUGUCGAACCUGAAGUGGAUACUGCGCAGAGUACAGCAGUUGAUCCUGAAAGUACAAUUUCUCUUCAAAACGUCACUGCCACAGAACCUGGUGCAGAAAUGAUGGAAGAGUCGCACAUGGACUUCGAUACAAACCGGCAACUCCGCUGCCGCACACUGUAUGCAUUUGCUGGCGGAGAGGGAAUGGCUUCAUUCGAAGAAAAUUCUGUCUUGUUGAUCCAUCCAAAGCUUAACGGCGUACCAAUCGAGGGAGAUUGGACAUAUGGCUCAUUGGCAUCACUGCCGGAGGUGAAAGGAUUAAUCCCAACUGCGUAUGUUGCGCUUUUAGACUCGGUCGUGGCAGCGGAGGCGUUGUACGACUAUGAGGCAUCUUCACCGGAGGAGGCUACAAUUCACGAGGGUGAAUUGCUUCAAGUUGUCGACCAAAGUGACGAAAAUUGGUGGCUCAUCCUACGGAACGAAAAGUGCCUUCUGGUACCUUCAAAUUAUGUAGCUGUGGCAUAA